UCAACUAAUCAUCUGUUUUGCCCCUUCACCAGUGUGCUGGCCUACCAGCAACCAAAUGCCAAGAAACUCCGUCGCAUCACCCAGAAGGCUGAGCAGCUAGCAGCCAAAGGCGUGGUAUCACAGAGGCAGAGACGGCUGCUGAACAGGCGGCCCAUCAACAGGACGGUCAAGAAGGCCGAGACGGAGGCCAACAACAACCCAGACAGAGACUAUUAUGACAUAUGGGGACAAGAGGUCAAAGACUCAUCUGAUCCCUGGUAUCUUCAACAGACAGGCAAGAAGGUGUUUAAGCGUCCAGAGACGAUGAAACAGAAGCCGUCAGUGCUCCCAGCUGUGGAGGUGAUUGCUCCUGGAGGAUCCUACAAUCCUGACUUCUUGUCCCACCAGGCAUUGCUUCAGGAGGCCCAUGAGGUGGAAGUCAAGAGAGAGAAGCAAGAAUCCAAAAUAGAGAAACAGCUGGCUGUCAACAAAGAAGACACGGCUACAGAGGAGACAGUCCUCCGUGAGCAGGUAGAAGGCCUGGUAGAAGAAGAGAUGGAUGAAGAAGAGGAAGCUUCUAACGAGGAUGAUGACGAAGAGGCUGUGGCAGGCAUUGCUGUGGCUGAGAAGAAGACUGAAAAACAGAGAAAAAGAGAAAAGGCAGAAAAGAUUAAGGAGCUGCAGCGGCUGGCCAGCAAGCAGCAGACUGUGCAGCAGCAGCAGCUCUUCCAGCUUCGCUCCAUAAAAGCCUCCAUCAAACAGCAGCAACAGAAGACCGGGGCCAAACAGAUGGAACGCAAAGCCAAGCAGGAGGCCCAGAAAGCUCUGCCCAGACGUCUCGGCAAACUCAAGUUCCUGGCUCCAGACCUGGAGGUGCAGUUGAGUGAUGAGCUGCCUGGAUCUCUGCGACAACUCAAGCCAGAGGGCAGCAUCCUCAAGGACCGCUUCAAGAGCCUGCAGAAGAGGAACAUCAUCGAACCCAGAGAGAGAGCCAAGUUCAAGAGGAGACUCAAGUUGAAAUACGUUGAGAAGAGGGCGUUUAGGGAGAUCACAUAAUUGUAAUGAAGUUAAAUAAAACGUGGCAAACACCA